GGGAACCCUUGUCUGGAAGUAAACGGCAUGCUUGAUUCAGCAAUAAUACCAAGUGACAGUGUAACUUUGAGUGAACCAUCGCUUCAGACGGAGGUAGACAAACUCAGAACAAAUGGGCCACUUAUAGUACCAACAGUAAUUACAACAUUUACGGUCACCAUAGACUUGCCUGGAGAUGUUCAGUUGGGUUCCAUUAAUCUAGGAGUAUCUACCAAUGUUAGAAAAUUUGAAGUUUCAUUAAAGAAGUCAACAGAUAUUGAACCAACCCUAUACAAGGAAGUAAUAGGCUCGAAUUCCUUACUUUUCCCAAGUGGGAUAGAAGCAGACCAAAUUGUUAUUACCCUCCUUGAAAAGAAUGAUAUCGCUAAAGGUUAUCAACUCCAAAUCGAUCUCCGAGCAUGCUUUGAGAUUGGAUCAACUAGUGUACAGCCACAAACAUCACCACCAUCAACGACCCAAAUAACGACACAAAGUGUAUCUACUCCGAUCGAAACAACUCCAACUGGAUCAACACCAAGUGUGUCGAGUACAGGUGGGACAACUCCAAGUGGUUCAACACCCAUUGUUACAACACCAAGCGGAACGACACCAAGUACAUCAACCCUAAGCGUCACAACUCCCAGUGGACCAACACCCAGUGGUGUAACCCCAAGCGGGACCACCGGCACACCGCCGUCUACACCAGCAACAGCAGUUACAACUCCAUCAAUAACAACUCCUUCCUCUGCUACAACAAAACAAACAAUAACAACGCCAAAACUCAUCACUACACCCACUACAACCGGAACACCUAGUGUCACACCAUCAACCGGAACACCAAGUGUAACACCAUCAUCAGGAACACCAAGUGUCACGCCAACUACAUCUGGUACACCAAGUGUCACACCCUCAACAGGUACCCCAAGUGUUACUCCAACAAGCACUGGAACACCAAGUGUAACACCCUCUACAGCAACACCAAGUGUCACACCAUCGACGGGUACACCGAGCGUGACCCCAUCGACAGGAACGCCAAGUGUUACACCCUCAACGGGUACACCAAGUGUCACGCCAUCAACGGGCACACCAAGUGUCACACCAUCAACUUCUGGAACACCAAGUGUAACACCAUCAACUGGAACACCAAGUGUUACCCCUUCAACUUCUGGAACACCAAGUGUCACACCUUCAACAGGAACACCAAGUGUCACUCCCUCUACAGGUACACCAAGUGUCACUCCUUCAACAGGAACACCAAGUGUCACUCCCUCUACAGGUACACCAAGUGUCACUCCUUCAACAGGUACGCCAAGUGUCACGCCUUCGACGGGCACACCGAGUGUCACACCCUCAACAACAGGAACACCUAGUGUCACACCCUCAACAACAGGGACACCUAGUGUCACACCCUCGACGGGCACCCCAAGUGUUACACCCUCAACGGGAACACCAAGUGUUACGCCAACUACCUCUGGUACACCAAGUGUCACACCCUCAACAGGUACGCCAAGUGUUACUCCAACAAGCACUGGAACACCAAGUGUAACACCCUCUACAGCAACACCAAGUGUCACACCAUCGACGGGUACACCCAGCGUGACCCCAUCGACAGGAACGCCAAGUGUUACACCCUCAACGGGUACACCAAGUGUCACGCCAUCAACGGGCACACCAAGUGUCACACCAUCAACUUCUGGAACACCAAGUGUAACACCAUCAACUGGAACACCAAGUGUUACCCCUUCAACUUCUGGAACACCAAGUGUCACACCUUCAACAGGAACACCAAGUGUCACUCCCUCUACAGGUACACCAAGUGUCACUCCUUCAACAGGAACACCAAGUGUCACUCCCUCUACAGGUACACCAAGUGUCACUCCUUCAACAGGUACGCCAAGUGUCACGCCUUCGACGGGCACACCGAGUGUCACACCCUCAACAACAGGAACACCUAGUGUCACACCCUCAACAACAGGGACACCUAGUGUCACACCCUCGACGGGCACCCCAAGUGUUACACCCUCAACGGGAACACCAAGUGUUACGCCAACUACCUCUGGUACACCAAGUGUCACACCCUCAACAGCUACGCCAAGUGUUACUCCAACAAGCACUGGAACACCAAGUGUAACACCCUCUACAGCAACACCAAGUGUCACACCAUCGACGGGUACACCGAGCGUGACCCCAUCGACAGGAACGCCAAGUGUUACACCCUCAACGGGUACACCAAGUGUCACGCCAUCAACGGGCACACCAAGUGUCACACCAUCAACCUCUGGAACACCAAGUGUAACACCAUCAACUGGAACACCAAGUGUUACCCCUUCAACUUCUGGAACACCAAGUGUCACACCUUCAACAGGAACACCAAGUGUCACUCCCUCUACAGGUACACCAAGUGUCACUCCUUCAACAGGAACACCAAAUGUCACUCCCUCUACAGGUACACCAAGUGUCACGCCUUCGACGGGCACACCGAGUGUCACACCCUCAACAACAGGAACACCUAGUGUCACACCCUCAACAACAGGGACACCUAGUGUCACACCCUCGACGGGCACCCCAAGUGUAACACCAUCAACUGGAACACCAAGUGUUACCCCUUCAUCUUCUGGAACACCAAGUGUCACACCUUCAACAGGAACACCAAGUGUCACUCCCUCUACAGGUACACCAAGUGUCACUCCUUCAACAGGUACGCCAAGUGUCACGCCUUCGACGGGCACACCGAGUGUCACACCCUCAACAACAGGAACACCUAGUGUCACACCCUCAACAACAGGGACACCUAGUGUCACACCAUCGACGGGCACCCCAAGUAUUACACCUUCAACGGGAACACCAAGUGUCACGCCAACUACCUCUGGUACACCAAGUGUCACACCCUCAACAGGUACCCCAAGUGUUACUCCAACAAGCACUGGAACACCAAGUGUAACACCCUCUACAGCAACACCAAGUGUCACACCAUCGACGGGUACACCGAGCGUGACCCCAUCGACAGGAACGCCAAGUGUUACACCCUCAACGGGUACACCAAGUGUCACACCAUCAACUUCUGGAACACCAAGUGUAACACCAUCAACUUCUGGAACACCAAGUGUAACACCAUCAACUGGAACACCAAGUGUUACCCCUUCAACUUCUGGAACACCAAGUGUCACACCUUCAACGGGAACACCAAGUGUCACUCCCUCUACAGGUACACCAAAUGUCACUCCUUCAACAGGUACGCCAAGUGUCACGCCUUCGACGGGCACACCGAGUGUCACACCCUCAACAACAGGAACACCUAGUGUCACACCCUCAACAACAGGAACACCUAGUGUCACACCCUCGACGGGCACCCCAAGUGUUACACCCUCUACGGGAACACCAAGUGUUACGCCAUCUACCUCUGGUACACCAAGUGUCACACCCUCAACAGGUACGCCAAGUGUUACUCCAACAAGCACUGGAACACCAAGUGUAACACCCUCUACAGCAACACCAAGUGUCACACCAUCGACGGGUACACCGAGCGUGACCCCAUCGACAGGAACGCCAAGUGUUACACCCUCAACGGGUACACCAAGUGUCACGCCAUCAACGGGCACACCAAGUGUCACACCAUCAACUUCUGGAACACCAAGCGUAACACCAUCAACUGGAACACCAAGUGUUACCCCUUCAACUUCUGGAACACCAAGUGUCACACCUUCAACGGGAACACCAAGUGUCACUCCCUCUACAGGUACACCAAGUGUCACUCCUUCAACAGGUACGCCAAGUGUCACGCCUUCGACGGGCACACCGAGUGUCACACCCUCAACAACAGGAACACCGAGUGUCACACCCUCAACAACAGGGACACCUAGUGUCACACCAUCGACGGGCACCCCAAGUAUUACACCUUCAACGGGAACACCAAGUGUCACGCCAACUACCUCUGGUACACCAAAUGUCACACCCUCAACAGGUACCCCAAGUGUUACUCCAACAAGCACUGGAACACCAAGUGUAACACCCUCUACAGCAACACCAAGUGUCACACCAUCGACGGGUACACCGAGCGUGACCCCAUCGACAGGAACGCCAAGUGUUACACCCUCAACGGGUACACCAAGUGUCACGCCAUCAACGGGCACACCAAGUGUCACACCAUCAACUUCUGGAACACCAAGUGUAACACCAUCAACUUCUGGAACACCAAGUGUUACCCCUUCAACUUCUGGAACACCAAGUGUCACACCUUCAACAGGAACACCAAGUGUCACUCCCUCUACAGGUACACCAAGUGUCACACCUUCAACGGGAACACCAAGUGUCACUUCCUCUACAGGAACACCUAGUGUCACACCCUCGACGGGCACCCCAAGUAUUACACCCUCAACGGGAACACCAAGUGUUACGCCAACUACCUCUGGUACACCAAGUGUCACACCCUCAACAGGUACGCCAAGUGUUACUCCAACAAGCACUGGAACACCAAGUGUAACACCCUCUACAGCAACACCAAGUGUCACACCAUCGACGGGUACACCGAGCGUGACCCCAUCGACAGGAACGCCAAGUGUUACACCCUCAACGGGUACACCAAGUGUCACGCCAUCAACGGGCACACCAAGUGUCACACCAUCAACUUCUGGAACACCAAGUGUAACACCAUCAACUGGAACACCAAGUGUUACCCCUUCAACUUCUGGAACACCAAGUGUCACACCUUCAACAGGAACACCAAGUGUCACUCCCUCUACAGGUACACCAAGUGUCACUCCUUCAACAGGUACGCCAAGUGUCACGCCUUCGACGGGCACACCGAGUGUCACACCCUCAACAACAGGAACACCUAGUGUCACACCCUCAACAACAGGGACACCUAGUGUCACACCAUCGACGGGCACCCCAAGUAUUACACCUUCAACGGGAACACCAAGUGUCACGCCAACUACCUCUGGUACACCAAGUGUCACACCCUCAACAGGUACCCCAAGUGUUACUCCAACAAGCACUGGAACACCAAGUGUAACACCCUCUACAGCAACACCAAGUGUCACACCAUCGACGGGUACACCGAGCGUGACCCCAUCGACAGGAACGCCAAGUGUUACACCCUCAACGGGCACACCAAGUGUUACACCAACAACUUCUGGAACACCAAGUGUUACACCGAGUUCUGCUACUACACCUCUGGUUACUUUUAGUACAACAUCCACUGUAACGGGAACUCCAAGUGUUACUAUUUCAUCCCCAAUAACCUUAGGUUCAACUACUAGUACAAGAGUAACAACAGUCACUGUUCCAACAUUCCCAACAACAGUACAACCCUGUAUAAAGAGUGUACUGACCUACGCCAACGCUGGAAGUGCUUUGACUGUUUCUCCCACGGAUGCUGAAUUUUCUUUGUUGAAUUCUGGUGGUGCCUACAGCUACCCACAAUCAACGAUAUUGUACAGAAUAAACGACGAUGAUGCAAAAAUAUUUUCUGUCAAAAUGACUGUGAAAAAUGUUAAAAGUUUCACGGUUGAUAUAUGGUCUGGCGAGAACUUAAUCAGUUCUAAGACAACGAAUGUUGUGGACACAACCUCAUCAACUCCCUACACAAUAUCAUUUAACGGCACUACUGGGAAUGAUGUUAGUUUGAACCUGAUACCGGUCACAGGUCAAUUGAUAGACAUUUCAGCUGUUUCCAUAGAGGCAUGUUAUACCCCAGUGACAACAAUUGCUCCGACAACAGUUUCCCCAACAACUCAACCAACGACUCCAUCCAGCUCAACGCCAACAACAACACCAUGUGCCGAGACUAUGAUUACUGAAGGAAGCAACACAAACGCAAUCAGCAUUGUCUUGCCAAGUUUGACAACUCCUCUAGAUAUCUUCAGUGGAACAGGGGUUUCACUUUCCGAGCCCACACCAAAAUUAGAAUUUAUCCUUCUUGAUCAGGACGAGUCUUCUGCUGUGUCGACAGUGUCUUUUGAUACCAUUAACGUGUCUAAGGUCAAGGUCACCUUGCUGGACAAGGAUAACACGGAAGUCAAAACUACCGAGAGCAAUCCAGUUGGUAAUAAGGUUACUGUAGACCUUGGGGGAACCGAGGGAUAUAGAAUAAGAAUUGAGCUUACAAAAUCUACACCCUCUCAGGAUGUUACCAUUUCCACUCUAACGGUUAGAGCCUGUAUAGAAAUAGUUUCUUCUACCACCACAGUGGUUACUCUGCCCACCACCACCUUCAAAACCACCACCGCAAAACCAUGUGUGUUCAACAAGGAUGUAUUUGUUCAAAACUUUGGUUAUCAGCCUGCUGACGUCAUUGGUUAUGUCAACAAAGAUAAUGAUGACUCCGUUAUUUCUGAGUCAGAAAAGAUUUACGUUGGUGACUCGUUAGAUGACGGUGUUGUUGUCAUAAUAAAUGGAUGUAGUAACUGUUCCUGUACUGAUGGAUAUAUGAACUGUCAGAUUGGGUCUUGUGAAGAAUGCACAUACCAGCCUUGGAGUGAAUGGUCGCAGUGCUCCAAACCUUGUGGUAUUGGUCGCAGAGAGAGAUCAAGAAUUCUCACAACCACUCUUACUCCAGAUCACUGCAAAGAAACAUUAAAGGAGUCUGAGGAUUGUAACAUUGAACCAUGCCCAACAACCACCCCAGUAUGUGAAGCCUGGUCUGAGUGGUCCACGUGCACAGCUGUAAACUGCAAGCCAGGAACAAAGACAAGGUCAAGAGAUUGUGCUGGAAAUAUGGACUAUGAAAACGAGGCCUGUUUCACAGUAAAUGAAGGAUGUGUCAAUGAAACCUGCACGGACCUUGAGGUAUAUGUAAACUGUUCUGGAGUUGUAAACAACUGUCCAUUAACCUGUCGGGAUCUAAGGAAUCCUGGUAGCUGUGUUGAACCCGACGACUGUCAGCCUGCCUGUUACUGUAAACCUGGUUACGUCAGAAACGAUGAUAACAUGUGUAUCAAGGAGGAGGACUGUCCAUGUUACCAUGACAACAAACCCGUACCGGAAGGACACGUUAUCAGCACUUCAAAAUGUGAAACAUGUAAAUGUGAGAACAAGCAGAUGUCAUGCUCAGUAAAUCCCUCUUGCUGUGAGUAUACAGAUUGGUCAGGUUGGACAGACUGUAGCACUACAUGUGGGACCGGAGUACAGAGUCGAUACAGGGAAGUAAAGAAAGGGGAUCCCAAUAACUGUACAAGUAUUCGUGAAACCAAACAAUGCGAGAACACUUCCACACAAUGUGUACAAUGUGUUUACCAAGGAAAGACAUAUGCAGUAGGCGACAUAGUGUCAUCAGGGGACUGUAAGGAAUGUUACUGCUACAACGUAGGAAACGUCAUGUGUAAAGAUGAUCCUAAACAGGAUGUAAAUGGCACUUGGUCAUCAUGGCAAACAUGGAGCUCUUGUAGUUCUACAUGCUCGGGAGGUCAUCGGAAGAGAACUAGAACAUGCAACAGCCCGACACCUGCCUGUAAAGGACUUCCUUGUAGUGGCACAAAUGAGGAAACAGCACUUUGCAAUGAAGACAUAUCUUGUUGUAUUACGACACCUUGGAGUGAAUGGACACAGUGCACUAAGACUUGUGACGGACCAGGCAAGCAGUUCAGAAGCCGUCAGUAUGCAGAUGUGGCAGAUGCUAACCUCUGUAAUGAAACACUUGUGGAAAGCCAGGACUGUGGAUCAGAACCAUGCAUCACUGAAUGCCAGAUAUCAGAGUGGUCGACCUGGACAGAAUGUGUUGUACCCUGCGGAAAAGGCAAAGUCACGAGAGAUCGUCAAAUUAUUGUCAAUGCCACUGAUUGUCCCAAAAAUCUUCAGGAAGAGAAGGACUGCGAUAACGGAGACUGCACUUGUCCUGAUGACCAAAUAUGGUCAAACUACUCACUGUGUCAACGAACAUGCGAGACCCGAGACAAGAACAUCGACGAUCUAUGCAAUAAGAUCGAGCCUGGUUGUGUGUGUCCUGCAGGACUUUAUAUGGAGAAUAAUAAAUGUGUCAACAUCACAGAAUGUCAGAAAUGUGUCGUUAAUGGCACCGUUUAUCAGCCCUCAGAGCCUAUUCCAUCCCCUGACUCCUGUCAAUACUGCGAGUGUUCUGAUGGGGAGAUGGUGUGCAGUCGCCGCUGUGAGAUACCCGUCUGUCAAGAGGGAGAAGAGCUUUCUUACGAAGGCGUUACCGAUAGCUGUUGUCCAAGAUGCAAACCAAUAAAAACUACAUGUCAACUUCAUACAGAAAAACGAGUCAUCAACGACGAGAAGACUGGCUGUGUGUCUGUUGGUGAGGUAGAAUACACCUACUGCUCUGGCUCGUGUGGAAUCUCUAAGUACAUGCCCACCAUUGUUCCUAAAGGCUCUACAGAAGACAGCUUCGAUAAGAGCUGUAAAUGUUGUACUGGAGAAUCCGCUGGAGAAAAGAUCAUUAGUGUUAGAUGUGGCCCUGAACAAACACUACAGGAGGCCAAGAUAAAAAUCAUUAACAAAUGUAGCUGUGAUGUGUGUAGCAUGACAGAGAGUGAAAAGAAUCAAGCGUAUGGUGCACCAGGAAGAAAAUAAAUACUGAGUGAUAAUUAACAAUUUACAAUUAACUCACUUCUACAGAAGACCACAAAUGUUUGUUAUAAAUGAAUUUAUAGAUAUUAUAUACAUAUAUAUAUUUGUUUAUUAUUAGAUAUCUAUUAAAAAGUAUGCAGGUUUA